AAAUUAAAGGCAAAAAUCGGCGAUAUGAAAGUGCAUCUCUUGAACACCCAUCUGGAGAGUAUGAAGGAACAUAGUGACAUUCGAAAGGCGCAGAUGCAAGAGUGUUUCGAUUUAGUGAAGGAAUGGAAUGACGGUCGGUCGUUGAUUGUGUUCGGUGGUGACUUGAAUAUACGCGAUAAUGAGGCGGGUUAUCGGAAUGAUAUUGAAUGUUACUAUGAGAUAUUGAAUGUUGGCACGUUACCGGAUGGUUUUCAAGAUGCAUGGGUUGCGGCUGGUUCACAGCACAAAUGGCGUUUCACGUGGGAUUCAAGCGCUAACGAUAAUGUAGAGGCUGGGGGAGCGCGAUGUCGUUUCGAUAGACUCUACUUUCAUGGUGGUGGUGUUUUCUCAUCAGUUGAUUUCUCGUUGCAAGGAAAGGAUCGAAUUCGUCGAGUGCUCUGCUUCCCCAGUGAUCAUUGGGCUGUGCUUGCUAAAUUCCACGUCUAG